AUGCAUCGACACGCAACCUACCAGUAUGCCUCUGCUGCACCCACCGCCACACGAUAUUCGGGCACUUCCUCAGCCUUCUCCGCCUCAGCCAACCCCAAUGAAGACUGGACCAAGAUCUCAGAUCUAGCUGAGCGUCGUCGGAUACAGAACCGUAUCGCCCAGCGCAACUACCGCAAGAAGCUCAAGAAGAGGCUCGAAGACUUGGAGCGUCGUGCUGCCUCGAGCUCAGCUUCACCUGAACAGAAGCCUGCCGAGCUACAGAUGCCACAAAGGUCGCCGCGCCAGGAAUUUCCAUCUCCAUCCUCCUCUGACUCCUCCUACACCACCCCACCUGCCGAGGACCGCAUGUUCUCUCACCAGUACACACGCCAGCUCUCCACAAGCCCACCACCCUUCUCCGUUGCCUCGUACUCAUCAACCUACCCAGCUCCAGAGACAGUGGCCUAUUCCAUGCCCUACUCGAGCCCGUCCUACCACCCGAUGCCAACCGCCAUCAGCUCGGAGAUGCCAACGUACGCCUACCUUCCGCCACUCUCCUCAACCUACCCCACCACCUUGCCGAGCCUUGUGCCGAGCAUGCACGUCAAAAGCGAGUACUACGCCGAGGAGGAUCUCAGCCCAUUCGGUGUUGGCUACGCUGCCAUUGGCGGGAUUGAAAUGCCUCAAGCCCACUCCUACUCCCAAUCAACUGUAAGGCUCCCAUCUCGCCAGCCCUACUACGCUUAG